AUGCCAAAAAAUCGGUCAACGAACCAGCUAUCCGACCAAAAAUUGCAAGCUGAGACUGCCCAAGUCAUCAGGGCAGUCAAGGCUUCCCCCGUCGACCGAGGAGACUACGAGCUGCCGCAUCGUCUGUGGGUUCUCACAGAUUAUAAGUUCCCCAAAAACGGACACCGGUUGAGUUCAAAUGAAAGCGAAUGGGUACCAAACUCUUCUCUUUCUUUCCCUCCCAAAUCACUCCCGCCCCUGCAUCUCUCUCUCCUUCCCAGGUCUAUCUCCAGUAGCUUCUUUUCACCGUUUUCAAUCCGAUGCAAAAUUUCAAAAGCAGCCCGCGGGAAACCGGGAUCGAUCUCAAAAUCAAAAUUCGAAGAAGAAAAAAAGGAACUUUCUUGGGAAUUAUACAACGGUUUGAUCCAAGCUCACUGCACCAGUGGCUCCAUUGACGAAUCCAUCGCUCUACUUGGCCAGAUGGAGGCACAGGGAAUGCACCCUAGCAUUCUGUCAUAUUGCUGCAUGAUUGAUGCUCUUGGCAGCCAUGGCAGAACCCUGGAAGCCGAGGCAAUUUUUCAAGAAAUGAGGUGGCUUGGCCUCCGUCCUAGCCAGAGAGACUACAACUUUCUUCUUAAAGGGUUCUUGCGUAAGGGACAGCUGUUUCUCUCUGAUAAGUUGCUGGUGAAGAUGAAUGAAGAGGGGAUCGAGAGGAACAGAGAGACUUACAUUCUCCUCCUUGACGCCUAUGUCCAUGGUGGCAGGUUAGAGGACACUUGGUGGGUUCUCGGAGAGAUGAAGCAGAGAAAAAUCAGAUUGAAUUCCUCUGUUUAUAGCAAAAUGGUGAGGAUAUAUAGGGAUAAUGGCAUGUACAAGAAGGCGAUCAGUCUUCUCAUGGAGAUGCAACAGAAGGGGAUUGCCCCAGAUAGAAGGUUUUACAAUGGUUUAAUAGAUACAUUUGGAAAAUACGGCGAGAUUGAUGAAGCUCUCAAGGUGUUUGAUAAAAUGCUUAGCCAAGGUUUCAAGCCUGAUAUCAUGACUUGGAACUCAUUGAUUCGGUGGCACUGCAAGGUUGGGGAUCUGAAACGAGCGCUUGCUUUCUUCUCAGAGAUGCAAGAAGAAGGACUAUAUCCAGACCCCAAGAUUUUUCUAAACAUUAUUAGUAGAUUAGGAGAGGAAGGGAAGUGGGAUGAGAUAAGAAAUAUAUUUGAGAGCAUGAAGUGUAGAGGUUUUGGUAAGAGUGGAAUUAUUUAUGCAAUUAUUGUUGACAUAUAUGGACAGUAUGGGAAUUUCCAAGAUGCUGGGAAGUGUGUGUCUACUCUUAAGGAAGAAGGCUUGAAGCUCUCAGCUAAUGUUUUUUGUGUGCUAGCAAAUGUCUAUGCUCAACAGGGUUCAUGUGAACAAACUCUGAAAGUUCUGAGUUUGAUGGAAGAGGAAGGAAUUGAGCCAAAUCUUAUAAUGCUGAACUUACUGAUAAAUGCAUUUGGUAUUGCUGGCAGAUACAUGGAAGCUGUUGCUGUGUUUGAGCAGAUUAAGGAAGCUGGCAUCAGCCCAGAUGUCAUAUCCUACACAACACUCAUGAAGGCUUUCAUCAGAGCUAAGAAGUAUGAACAGGUUCCAAUAAUAUAUAGACAAAUGGAGUUUGCUGGAUGCACUCCUGAUAGAAAGGCCAGGGAGAUCCUACAGAAUGCUUUAAUUACACUUGAACAACGAGGUCGCUUAGUUAAUUAAACUAAAGAUAAUGGGGCUAUUUGAAAAAUUCACUGAUACUGUCAUUCUUCCUGGAGGAAAUUUUCACCAGGUGAUGAUAUUUUCUCCUUUCUCUUGAUAGCAUUGGACGGCAUUGAAAUUUCAAUUCUUUAUCUUUAGCUGUCUCCUUCUUCAAUGAAUAUUAACCCUUCUUUUUUCCUUUUGCCUUUUUCUUUCACGUUCGGUUGAAAAAUUAUGUUAUAUGCAUCAAGAAGGCAGC